AUGCAUUGUUUUCCUCCUGUCUCUCGCCUGCCUUCCUUCCCUAUUUCCUUCUUCUCCCUGCCUUUUCCCCUCUCUUCCAUACCUUCCUAUAAUUCUCUCUCUCUCUCUCUUCCUUCCUUCCCUAUUUCCUCCCGUCUCUCUCUCUCGCCUGCCUUCCUUCCCUAUUUCCUCCCGUCUCUCUCUCUCUCGCCUGCCUUCCUUCCUUCCCUAUUUCCUCCUGUGAUUUGUCUAUGUGAUGCAGUAACGGCAGCUACAGAAUGUAGAUAUGUUGAUAGAAAAGCUCUUCAAUGUGUUAAAAAACCACAAAUUAUUCUAGAAGGAGAUGUAGAACUAGCCAAGAAAUAUUGUCAUGACAAUUCAUGGCACCGAGUUGUUGACUGCCUCCAAGACCUCAUGGAUGCCUGCCCUCUUGACACUCCAGAAGGCGAAAAACUACGAAAAUACGUAAAUGUGGAUAAUACAAGAAAAAGUGUCAAUUAUUUAUGCGAGAACCUGGGUGCUUUUGACAAGCAUUCAGGCUGCAUCAAAGAGGGUCACAAGGAGAUCUCAGUGUGCACAGAAAGAGAAAUAAAACGAUACGACAGGCAACACAAUUCAAAAGAAUUGGAUAAAAUGGAGAGACUUUGUCAGUUCACGAAAAUUGCCUUUGAGUGUUUUGAGAAAGUUUUAGAAUACAGAUGUGGACCAGAAUCUAAUAAUUUUCUUUUCAACGUGAUGACUGGUCUUUUGCCCACUGAGUGUCAGGAAAUUGGGAGUGCCACCAUUCAUCUGCCAUCAGGGUGGACUUUGCUUCUCAUUUCCCUGGCUAAUGUGUUCCUCUAUGUUGCAGAGCAAUCAUGA